AUGACCAACGGUGCAGAAGCCAAGCAGGCGCUGGCUCGAGGGAGCCACGCGAUCCUGCGUGACAAGGCAAACGAUCUGGGCCAUGAAGGUGGCAACGUCAAACUUCGUGUUGAGCAAGCCCGCAACCGCGACGCCGCCGCCUACUCCUUCAUGCGACACCUUCAUCAGGUGUCGGUGUCCGAGAUCGUGGAAGUUCUGGAACAAUGUUGGAAGCACCUGGUGAAGGACAUCCGCUCUGAGCAUGUUGCCCUUCUGUGCUUCUACCUCCUCAACGUCUUCGCCUUCAUGCUCGUCGAGUGGUGGCGGCUUUCCAUCGUCUGGGCGAUGCGUCCCUGGUUCGUGUUCCUCGUUUGGUACACCUGGGACGCCGUCUGCUGCUGGAAGGCCGUCAUGCGCCGACGCCUCCGGCGCUCCGAGCCCGGCAGCCCCUCAAACAAGCAUCGCCCAGAGCAGGGGCUCCGAGCCCGCAGCAGUCUUGGCCUACCCCAAGAGGAGGAGAUCGAGAAUCUGUCUGACUUGCUUGCAGCAAACAAGGACGGUGAACAUGCCAAGGAUCCCGACUCCCCCAGGAAGUUGCAGAAGAGGCGCGCAGCCGCGUCAGGUGUCUUGCCGCAAGUCAACGGCGACGGGAGUUUGGAGGAAGACAUUGCUCCCUUCUUGGACAUGGACCACGUUCACCUCACCUUUUGGUUCUUCCUAUGGGGCCGCAUCUUCAUUGGCUUGGGCGCAUGGGCCAGCAUGAUCUUCGGCGGCAAGGACACUCCGGGCAUCCUGCGCUAUGGGCUGAGGCGGGUCUUCAACGACCUCGGUGUUUGGCCGCAUCACGUCAAGAAUGCCAGGAGUUUGGCUGCAGAACUUCUCUUGGAGACCACUCUUUCCAUCUACGUGCGCGAGGUGGAAACGACAGGCAGCCUGACCGUUGCUCGCUUUGCCAUUCCGGACGUCCCACACUACACUCAGCAAGGCAAGUGCUUGCAGCAUGCCGAGCUGUUGGCGGAGGUGGACUUGACGGACAGAUCCGACCAAGUCCUCAUGCGGGCAACCUAUGGGGGGGCAGCCAUCCGGGCAGACGAGGCAGUCAUCUUGCUCAACAUGGCAUGCUGCUACUUGGUGCACCCGAUGCUGCAUGCCUUCAGCAACUGGGCUGCCGACCCAGAGAGUCCAGACCCGACCAUUCGGAAGUAUUCCAUUGGCACCAUCCUGUACAACUACUACGGCGUGAAUGCCUUUGCGAACUGGUGUGACCUUGGAAGCUGGCUGGGCUUUUGCAAGGUGGACGCAGAACGCUUCCGAACCUUGAUCUCGUCCUGCUUGGUUCACGGCAUCCCCCCGCAUGCCGACAUCAAGAAGCUGAAGGAUCACAGCCGCCUCGUGAACUUCCUGCUUCCCGUGCGGUCGCGCUUCUUGUACCUCUUCCGGAAGCACCAGGCGGACUUCCCAGGGAUUGAUGGAGAGGCGCUCUUCCUGGCCACGGUCGUACACCCGCUGGACCAUUACAACCUGAUCACGAUGCAAAAAGCUCUGGACCAGGGGACGCUCAAGGAGGGUUAUGCGGAGGACCUGUUCGUGGUGAGGUCGGCCAUCAUGAUCACGUCGGAGAAGCUCUUUCUGACCUACCUUGUGAACGAUUUCAGCUUCUCCGGUUCGUCGCAUCCACUCUUCAAGGAUACCUACGACUUUGCCAAGCAGCGUGACCAACGGUUUGCUGAUGAGAUGGAGUGCUGCGUCCUGCGUUAG